GUGGUAAGUUGGGGUUGCAAUAGCAAGAAAAUGAGUCGAAAAUAAUGUCAUGGUCCUUAAGAUUUCACAAUCCUAGAAUCCCUUCCAAUUUGAAUAGAUAUUGGUUCAGUGAGUGUACUCGAAUAUUUAUAUCCAGAUUUUGGAGUCUAAACAAGAAUAAAACAAAUAGGUAUGUUGCAAGAAGUUAUCCAAGAUUAUGCUGCUUAUUUGAAACUCGAUGUUUCGAAUGGGUUUCAUAUGGUGCAAGAUGUUAUUGAUAAUAUGCUAACGAGGUUAGAAGAAUUAUCAAGUGUAUUACAAAUGAUAAGGGUGAAAAACAGUGAUUGUAAUUCGACAGUAACACAAGAUAUAAAGAAAUAUCGAAAUGAAAUAAAUUUACUUUCAAAGAAGAUUGAAACACUUAUAAGUGUAGUGUCAAGAUUGUCCUUAAAUGUAGAGUUAUUGGAAAACCAAGUAGAGAAAGCUGAACAUGACUUUGGUGUAAAUAACGACAGCAAAUUAAAAAAUCUAUUCAAACCAUUCUUAAAGAAGAAGGAACCCAUGCUAACUAAAAAUGCUUUAGUUGUUCCUGAUAAAUUGAAGCUGGAAACAGUUUUAGAUAAUUUUGAGAAUUUAGAUUCAUAAGGAAAAUAGUACAAUUCCAAUAAAUCCUAUAAAAUAGUUGAAUUUUUUUAUUUUAUUUCCUCAUGUAGUUCAUCUAUUUUUUUUUUGAGUGCAUAUGAAGCAGUAGGUGUAUCAUAUAUUUUAGAUUAGAUGUCACUAAGAAAAGUAUGAGAAAACAUAAGUAAAUAAUUUACCUGAAAUUACUACUGCACUGCCGACCCAGCAAUAAAGACAUGACAUGAUUUAUUACAAAAUACUUAUUUAUUAAUUAAACUUAGAAGAAUACCACAUAGAAGACUUACAUUAAAAUAUUCAUAACAAGUUUUAAAAUACAAAGUAAAUGAAUGAGCAAACCAACAUUAUUGUUUUGUGGUCAGCUCAUAACUGGACACUUUCUUUUGAAAGGAAGGAAGUACCUGAAGUGGUUUGCGAAGUUAAUUGGUUUACAAAUCUGGGAGGUGGGAAGAUGGUGAAAAGGUCCAAUUUUAUUGCUUACCAGUGGAACCAAAUCCACCAUCACCCCUUUUAGUAUCUGUCAAAUUUGUAACCUCUGUUAACACUGGAUAGCAGAUUCUUUCACAGAUAAGCUGAGCAAUUCGAUCUCCUUUCUUGACUACAAAAUCUUGGUCUGAAUGGUUAAAGAGAACAACACCAACAUUGCCUCUAUAGUCUUCAUCGAUUACUCCCGCUGCAACAAAACAUUGUUACUUUUAUUCUUACCAUAUUUUUUAUUAUGUUAUGAAAAAAAUACUAUAAUGAUUACUAAGUAACUAAGAACUUUUAUUACAAUUCCAUUCAAAUAGAAGUGUUAUUUUAAGUUAAACAAAAAUAUAAAAUUGCGUUUAUUGUACUUUGUAACAUAACCACAAAAAUGAUUAUCAGAAAAUUCAUUAUUGCCCGCAUUUGUUAUGUAAUUAUAAUAAGUAAUAAGAUACUUUCUGCUCUCAAUUUGAUUUUCAUCUCAAACAAGAUUCACACUCUUUCAAUCUAAUCUAAGCGUAAACUACAUUAGAAGUCUGUAAAUAAAAAUAUCUCAUAAAUUGGAGAAUGAAGUUGCAUAAGAAUAAUGAUUAUAAUGAUAGAUCAAAAAUAGGAAUUAUGCAUGUAUUAAAAAUGACUCUUAAUUUUAUUAAUUAAACCGUUGAAUUGCCCCUCCAGAAAUAUUUUUUGUUAAAAAUUUUAAGCAUGAUAUUAAUAAACCUCUAGGAAAUUCAAUAUUAGAAACCUGACAGCAGUUGUGAUUUAAAGUCCAUAUCAACAAACAAGCUCCUAUGUUCACAGGAUAUGUCAAAGAAAGAAGUGCGUAGACCUGAAUUGAUAACUUGUUUUUGUUAAUGAGAACCAUGAUAUCACACUAAGUGUCCCAAAUAAGUGAGCAAUUAAAAUGUCCGUGCAAGGUGGCUCAUUAUGCUAUUUUUAGAUGUUGUGAGAAUGUAAACUACUAAUAGGAAUGUAAGAAUAUGCAUUCAGGUUUCCGAAUUUUAAUACCUGAUCAAGAAACUGUACAUGUGCACCCAGUCUUAAAACUAAUUCACUCCUAUGAGAGCAUCUGUCAAAUUUAGUUUCUAUUCAAUGAAAGAGAUAUAAUAGUUAUUAACUUACCACCAACAUCUAUGAAGUUUUUAA